AUGGGCGCCGUCAUUGGCAAGGGUGGUAAGGGCAUCAAGGAGAUCGAGCAAGCCACAGGCGUCAAGUCGACGUCUCUGGAUGCGAAGACUUCUGAAGGAGCGCAGCUACGACGGCUGGUGUUGCAGGGCACACGCGCGCAGAUUGCGCAGGCGAAGUCUGCGGUGGAGCAGCGCAUCGUCAUGGUGCUAGGACCAAAAGCUGCGGAAAAGGUGCAGAAGCACUGGAGUGCGCAGCUUCUGGAGAAGAAACGUACAGAAACUGGAUCAGAAGCCGCGAAAAGUGGCGUUCGUGGUCUCAGUGAAUUUGUGUUACAUCACGGCCUGAAGGCGGUGAUGGCGAGGCGGCUGGCCAAGCUAGACUCCAUGCUGCAGCGCUAUACUAUCCGACACUUCAAGCCGAUGAAGGCAAAGCCCGCCAACGCUUUGAGAGGAUACUUGGCAUCUCUUUUCAAGUAUCCGCAGCGGUGGCGGCUGGAGGCCCUCUACGAGGACGGCGAGCUCGAUGGCGAGAUUUGCGAGACCGUUCCGCUGCGCACCAGCGCUGUGGUUGGGCGGCAGAGGCUUGCGACAGCUGAGGAUGCUGAGGAAGAGCAGCUGAUAGAGCUAGAGGUGAACCCAUCUCUUGGUGUCAAGGAAGCUUCCAAGCUCUACGGCGAUGUACAGGAUCAGCACUGCCGGCUGCAUAGGAUGGGCAAUGAUUUCUACGUCAUGGCCCUGGAGUCGCAAAUUGGCACCCUUGUGGAUGGGCAGAAGAUUCGGCACCAAGAUGGGCCAGUGCCCAUCCGAGACGGCACUACCUUGGGCAUAGGGAAAUACCUGGUGUACUGCGAAGUUGGAAACGAAGCCUUCUUGCAGGACACUCACUCGUUUGUAUGUGAUUGGAAGCCCUGA